AUGAGGACGCUCCUUUUUCUCUUUGCUCUCCUCUUCUUUCUGGCCCCAGCCAGGAAUGCAUUUUUUGAUGAGAAAUGCCACAAUCUUAAUGGGAGAUGCUUGAAUUCUUGUAAGAAAAAUGAAGAACUUGUUGCUUUAUGCCAGAAGGCUCGGCAAUGCUGUCUGAUAAUCCAACCAUGUUCAAAAAGGAAAAAAAAAAGAUCAACGUGGAACAGUAGACUUCCCAGAGCAACACGAAUGACCUAGCUGCGUCUCCCUCU